UGGCUCGAGUUCCUCGUUCAGCGGCGAGAGGGACAGGCACCGACCCGGAGCCGACAACUAGUCUAUUCCAGCUGGAAUUUGUAUGCGCGGAAAAGUUAAUCAGAUCUUCCAGCGCGGCGGCGAUAAGCGAUGGACGACAACCUGGAUUUACUGCUGCAGUGUGACAAAACAGACGGAAGCACUGAUGCAAGUCACAAACGGAAGUUGAAGUACAAUCUGGGAGAACAACUGUCGCACGCUGUCACCGAUGGGAACAUGGAGGAUUUCAGUAAAUGGCUGCACAUCAUUCAGGUCACCAAAAUGAAGCUCACGGAGCCAUGGUUUGGAGACUUUAAAACGGGGAAGACCUGCCUGAUGAAAGCCUUACUGAAUCUAAACUGCAACACCCACGAAAUAGUUGAGAAACUGAUUGCGACGGCUGAGAACAAUGAUUGUUUGAACCAGCUGAUCAAUGCUGAAUACAUUGACAAAGAUUACAAAGGUCAGACAGCUCUCCACAUCGCCAUUGAGAGGCGCUGCCCGGACAUAGUGCGCCUCCUGCUGGAGAAAAGAGCUAACGUCAACGCCAGGGCCACGGGCAAGUUCUUCAAACUGAGCAAAAAGCGGUGUGGCUUUUAUUUUGGUGAACUGCCACUGGCCCUGGCUGCCUGCACCAACCAGCCUGAGACGGUGUCACUCCUCCUAUCCCACCACCAGACCAAGAUCGAGCAACAAGAUUCCGUGGGGAACAACGUGCUCCACGUGCUGGUCACCGUGGCCGAUGACACAGAGGCCAACACCAAGUUUGUAACAGAAAUGUACAACAAGAUCUUGGUUGAAAACAAAGGGAGCAACCUUGAAGAGGUCAGGAACGAGAAGGGGCUGACCCCGCUGCAGCUGGCUGCCAAACUGGGCAAGUUUGAGAUUUUCCGAAAUAUCCUCGGCCGGGAGAUAAAGGACAAGCAGCACAGCAACCUCUCCAGGAAGGUCACGGAUUGGGCUUAUGGUCCUGUUACCUCAUCACUCUAUGACAUCACGGGUGUGGAUACCGGUGAAAUGAAGUCUGUUCUGAAAAUCGUGGUGUUCAACACCAAAAUCCAGAACCGCCACCUACUGCUGUCUGUGGAACCACUGAACACUCUGCUCCAACAGAAGUGGGAGAAGUUUGCCAUUUACAUGUUCACGGCUAGCUGCCUGUUCUACGUGUUGUACAUAACCACUUUCACCGCUAUUUAUUAUGACAAAACACACAACUAUGAGUCUCCCUUUCAGAUGAAUGCCACAACCACAUCAUUGCAAUUCAAUGGACGGUUAUUCAUUCUACUGUGGGCUUGUAUUUUAUUUAUCAUGGAAGUUGUGAUGAUCAGCCAGCUGCGACUCUCAGACCUCCAGUCAGUGGUGACAGAUGCCUGGUUCCACAUCCUGUUCUUUCUGCAAGCUGGGCUGGUGGUAUGCUCUGAUGUCUUGUACUGGGUCGGUACCGAUCUCCAGCGAGUGUCUCUGAUGGGGGCACUGGCUCUCGGCUGGAUUAAUAUCCUCUUCUACACCCGGGGAUUCCAGAGCCUGGGAAUCUACAGUGUCAUGCUGCAGAAGAUCCUGUUAAGUGAUGUGGUGCAUUUCCUGUUUGUCUAUUUGCUGUUCCUAGUUGGUUUUUCUGCAGCUCUCGCCUCCCUGAUCCAGAGAUGCCACGACAGUGAGUGUAGUGCUUUUUACACUUUCAACAUGGCCAUGCUGGAACUCUUCAAGCUGACCAUUGGACUGGGGGAUCUGGAGAUACAGAGUCAUGCCCUUUACCCUCAGCUCUUCCUCUUCCUGUUGGUGCUGUACGUGGUCCUGACUUUCAUCCUGUUGCUCAACAUGUUGAUCGCACUGAUGGGGGACACAGUGGGCAACAUCUCCAAAGACAGCAAGAACAUCUGGAAAUCUCAGAGAGCAAGAACCAUUCUGAAUUUGGAGAAAUACUUGCCGAAGAUUCUGAGGAAAAAAUUUCAACAGGGAAUAGUUCUAAAGGGCAAAAGAUACAUCAGGAUCAAUGAAGUGAACUGGACAAAGUGGAGCACAAGUGUAGCUCGCAUCCACGAAGAUCCAGUAGAAGAGGAAAAAGACACAACUGUUGUUUCCAGCUCAGAUGAUGCAGAUAGUGCUUUAUUACCGCUGAAUGAAAGGGCGCAGAGAAGAGGAUUCUGGCCCAAGACUAGAUGGAAUCACGGCCCCAAUCGGAAAUACAGAGGGAGACAGAACAGGCAAAAGAAGGCACAGCAUCUAGAUGUGGCUUCAGAACAUCAGACACGACCCACUUUGGAGCUUGAGGAAAGCAAAGAAGACAAAGCAACACCGAUUGGAGAUGCAAUGAUUUAGUUUCUGUUGGAACAUUCCGAUAGGCUACAUGACCAAACCUUUUCAGAUUUUGGCAAGCAUAAUUUCAGGGAUGUAAAUGCUGAUGCAGGUCAACAGUCUCAGAGUGCAGAGAGGAUAAUGGAUGCCACCAAGAUCCAAUCCAUCUGUUCAGGAUGUCAAAAGCACAAUAUCUGGUAAUUCUGCAGAUGCCCUUGAUAAGGCCAAAUGAUGUUAAUAAUAUAAGAAAUAUAUUAAAUGGAUUUCUGGGCUAGAUUGAUACAGAAAAACAAGCCCAGACAAGCCCUGACUUCUCCAAGGUUGCUGUGUAUUGAGAUAAUGACCGAUGACUUUGAAAUGCGCCUACCAUUUGACGAGAAAGGAAGCCCAGAUUAAUCCCAGUAAGGGGUAUUGAGACAAUGUCUGAUGCCUUUGAUAUGUAAGUAUCUUGUACCAUUGUCUGAUGCCUUUGAUAUAUAAGUCCUUGUACCAAUGUCCGAUGCCUUUCCUAUGUAAGUGCCUUGUACAGCAUGACAAGAUGCCUUUUCAACUGAUGAUUGUCGAGACAAACUCAGAUGCAUCCUGUAGUAAUGUGUAUUCUCUGUACCUCUGACCAUAAUGUCUUUGGAAUAUGCUUAGGUGACAAAAUUCUGUGUUCAGGGAAGUGGAGAGAGAACAGCCAUGGGUCUGUGUUGCUCCCUUGGCUGGGGUUUUCCUUGCCACUUCCAUCGGCCGAUAAUUAGUAAAGUUUUGAACUGGUCUACCAAACCGCUUUGUGAGUUGUCUGUUUAUUAAGAAGUGAACCUG